AUGCUGCAGGAACUGUCUCAUAUGGACCGCAUCACACAGCUCCAAGAUGAGAUCCAGCAACUACUGACAAUCAUGUCGAGCACGAUCGCGUACCUCACCUCGCGCGCCAACUUCCUCCAGGUCAGCCAGGACGUGCCGGUCACCAAGUCGCGCAACGCGGAAAAGUACGACGCGUCGGAUGUUUUCGAAGCGAACAAGAAGGAGCUCGUGACGGACCUCAUCGUCAAGGCGAAGCAGGUCGAGUUUCUCAUCCAGUCCCUCCCCGAGCCAGAUCCAGAGGAGCAGCAGGUGGAACGGUUGCAGGCGCUAGAGGAGGAGAUGAAUGAGGCGAACGAGGAGUACGUGCAGGCGGUCGGCCGAGCCAAGCGCCUGCACGCGCAGAUCUGCGACGUGCUCCGGACGAUGCUGGACGAGCCCGAGAUCGUCAAGGACGAGGCGGGCUGA